UUGUUUUUUGCUUCCUUUGAGCUGCUUAGGGUGAGUACUGGAGGCUUUCCUCAGCUUAGCUUCGGUUAGGUUUAGGUUGUUUUCUGUUUGCACUGACAAGAGAUUAUUCUCUCUUCCUUGUCUAACGAGUUCGCCCAGUUACUUUGGGUUGUUUUCAGUUGCCACUGCCAAGAGACUAUUCUGUCUUAUUUGUUUAUUACGAGUUUUCUAUUUGCGCUGCCGAGAGGUUAUACUCUCUUUUUUCCUCCCCCGUUUCAUUGGGGAGUUUUUAUUUUGUCCCUUUGUUAUCGUUUUCUUUAUUAAAUCUACUUUUAGUUUCCUGUUGUGUCGCUGUAGUACUGUAGGUUUUUUAUCAUUAAGUAGGCUAUCUAUCAGCAGAAGAGAGCCAACGCAAGUGCUCUGCUUAAAUUGAGUUUAAUAUCACCAUAUGCAUGUCUGAUGCAUUCCAAGUACUAGACACAGGUCAGCUGGGAAAUAGUUCAUCUGUUUUACACUUUGUUUUUAUUACUUGUUCUUGGAACACUGACGUGGUGUUGGAAUUCAAGGGGGAGGAGUGAUAUUGCUCAUGAAUACAGAGAAAGUCUGUGACAGUUAAAUAACAAGAUGGGACUUUUGCUGCCUGUUCUGAUUGCCCUGGUGGCAUCUGUGAUCGGGGGGCUCUACCUCCUGGGGGCCUUCCGCAAAAGGCAGCCCGGAGAGCCACCGCUGGACAAAGGGUCCAUACCAUGGCUGGGUCACAUCCUGGAGUUUCGGAAUGACACCGCCCGGUUCCUCCAGAGGAUGAAAGAGAAGCAUGGGGACAUUUUCACGGUGCAGCUAGCCGGCUUCUACUACACAUUCAUCAUGGAUCCGAUGUCCUUCGGCAGCAUAAUGAAAGAGGCCCGGACCAAGCUUGAUUUCACAAAGUUUGCAGAGCAUCUGGUGAAAAGAGUGUUUGACUACUAUCCCACUGCAUAUGACCGCAAAGACCUGGAAAAGGCCAACACCAAACACCUGAUGGGUGAUGGCCUGGUGGUCAUGACCCAGUCAAUGAUGAACAACCUACAGAACCUGAUGUUGCACAGCAUUGGCUCCGCAACAGAGCAGGGCACCUGGAAAGAGGACGGGUUGUUCCACUACAGCUACAAUAUCGUCUUCCGGGCAGGUUACUUGGCCCUGUUCGGUAAUGAGACAGCCAAGACAUAUGGCACCUUGGAGAAAGCUCGGGAAGUUGACCUCUUGGAGUCCAACAAGCUCUUUUACGAAUUCAGGAAGUAUGACAAACUAUUUCCCAGUCUCGCAUAUGGAGUCCUGCGCCCCUGGGAAAAGAUGGAGGUGGAGAGGCAGAAGAGGCUGUUCUGGAGAAUGCUUUCAAUGCGUAAUCUGGCCGAGAAGGAGAACAUCAGCGGCUGGGUUCUGGACCAGGAGGUGUCGAGGAGAGAGAAUGGGAUGGAGGAGUCAAUGCGGGACCGGCACAUGUUCCUGCUCCUCUGGGCGUCCCAGGGGAACACGGGACCAUCCGCUUUCUGGCUGCUCCUCCACCUCAUGAAGCACCCUGAAGCAAUGAAGGCCAUCCGGGAGGAGGUGGAAGGACUGCUAAAGGAGACGGGACAGGAGGUGAAGCGAGGAGGGGUGCUCAUCGAGCUCACUCGUGACAUGCUGCUUAGGACACCCAUCCUGGACAGCGCAGUGGAUGAAACCCUCAGGCUCACAACCGCCCCUGUUCUCACCCGGGCUGUGCUGCAAGACAUGUCACUGAAGAUGGCCAACGGGAUAGAGUACACAAUUCGCCAGGGUGACAGGGUGGCUCUCUUCCCCUACACUGCUGUCCAGACAAACCCUGAGGUCCAUCCUGACCCACUCACCUUCAAGUAUGACCGAUUCCUCACACCAGAGGGCACCAAAAAGACAGAUUUCUACAAGAACGGGAAAAGGUUGAGGUACUACAACAUGCCCUGGGGUGGCGGGGUCACCAUGUGCCCAGGCCGCUUCUUCGCCAUCAAUGAGCUGAAGCAGUUUGUUUUCCUCAUGCUCACAUAUUUUGACUUUGAGCUGAAGAACCCUGAUGAAGAGAUCCCUGCCAUUGACACCAAGCGAUGGGGGUUUGGCUCUAUGCAGCCAGUCAAGGACAUUCAGUUCAGAUACAGACUACAUUUCUAAAUUUCCCUAAACAUGAUGCAGGAUAUGCUAUGAAAUCAAGCUUGGUAUGAUUCUUGGUAUUAUUAACACAUUUUUAUAGCAUGUUUUACUUUUACUCAUUAACUGAUCUCUGUAAUAGUCAAUUUCAAGUAAUACAAAAAGAUGUCAAAGUCUGAGUUGGGUCGCUUUUGGAAUGGUAAUUUUCUCAAUUGAUUCUUAAUUGACAAUGAGUGUAACAUAAAGUCAAUCACGUGAUUAAAAAUAACCUUUUAUUAUAAUCUUUAUUACAAAUUAGACCAUGUAUGCUGAAUUAAGUGCUUACUAGGAGUCUUUCUAUGUCUCUCACACCCCAGCAGACAGCCUGUGAGAUUAAUGUCUGCUUCUUCUCGAAGGGGGUAGCUAGCACAUUCCAGUCUUACAGCAAGGUCAACAAGGAGUUUAUCUGGAGACUAAAGAAUAAUAAUGCUAGGUUAUCAGCAUCAUGUCUUCCUUGUUUUUGUCUCUGCCCUUGCGAAAAAGUGUUUAUAAGAGUCUUACUAUGUUUGAUUCAAAUCAGAGAGCCGGUAAGCUCUCUUACUUUCUGUUAUUUCUUUGGAAAUAAAUAAGAAAGUGAAAUUUAA